CUUUUUGUGAGAAUAACAAAAGCCCAAAUCACCUCUAUUUUUAUACUCACACCCAUCCUCUCCCUAGCACUAGAACUAUAGGGAGGACCUCAUAACAAUAAUGGAAAAAGAAAUCAUCAACAUAGACAGUGAUGCUCAUGAAAACCAAACCAACCUCACUUCAUCAUCCACCACCACCACCGCCGAUGAUUCCUCGAAAACCGUGAAGAGCGAGAAAGAUCAUUGCACUACUAUUGCAGCAGCUCAAAAUGGCUCAAGAAGAGGCAAUUGUGGAAAUGCGCGAAGCAAGAAGAGGCAAAGGAAUGACAAUGAAAGUAGUGGUAGUAGCAGUACUAAUGAAGGUAAGCACCCUACUUAUAGAGGUGUGAGAAUGCGCAACUGGGGCAAAUGGGUGUCCGAAAUCCGCGAGCCGAGGAAGAAAUCAAGAAUAUGAAUAUGGCUCGGGACAUCCCCCACCGCCGAAAUGGCGGCACGAGCCCACGACGUGGCUGCUCUAGCCAUCAAAGGCGCCUCGGCUUACCUCAAUUUCCCCGAACUAGCCCGUGAUCUUCCCCGCCCGCUCUCCACCGCUCCCAAGGACAUCCAAGCCGCCGCUGCCUUAGCCGCCGCCGCAUCCUUCGACGCUACCAAAUCACCACCGCAUCACGACCCAGCCGAAGCCGAAGCUGAGCCAAGCCGAGCCGACCAUCUAACUCCUACUGAUCAGGAAUCAGCCAGCUCCCCUUGUUUAAGUGAGAAUUACGAGGACACAUUGUUCGACCUGCCUGAUCUUUUCAUUGGCGGUACGGACGGCAGCAACAUUGGGUUUUGCUACUACUCUCCGUCGUGGCAUUUAUGCGCAGCCGAUACUGGGCUCCGUUUGGAGGAGCCAUUCUUGUGGGAAUACUAGAAGAGAAAUCAAGCUAUAUUGCAUUGGCUUUUUUUCUUUGUCAAACAAGGCGCUAUUAUAAUCAUUCUGAUCAUAAAAAAUAUUGAUGAUCAUCAUCGCUUUGAUAUCCAGAGAUCACGAAAGCCCCAGUUCUGAUCUUGAUAAAAAGGUCCUGAUCAUGGUCGGAAUGUGGUUAUGGUUCAUUGUGGAUCGUGGUCAGCUGCUGUAGCGGAUCAUGACUUAGCAGAGAAGAAAGAGGUUACUUAAUGUUCUUGCUUGCUUAUAAUAUUUGUCCAUAAAAAGAAAAGAAAGAUCAAAGUAAUUAAGCGUAAUUUUCACUCCUAGUGCACAUAUAUAUGAGCAAAAUACCAAUAAAACAAUCAUUAUGGGCGUUUUUAUUCUUCUCUCUUUACAUUUGACUGUAAUUAAUUUUCUUAAUUAAUAAUAAU